UCCCCAACUUUUUUUGUUUCUAUAGGAACAGUAUCUCUGGUUUCGCUGGCUGUACUGUCUUACGAGCGUUACUGCACCAUGCUCAGGAGCACAGAAGCAGAUGUAACAAACUACAAGAAGGCUUGGUUUGGAAUUCUAGUUUCUUGGGUAUAUUCCCUUUUUUGGACUCUACCGCCACUUUUUGGGUGGAGCAGCUAUGGCCCAGAAGGACCAGGUACCACAUGCUCAGUGAACUGGCACUCCCGUGAUGCCCUAAACACAUCAUACAUUGUGUGUCUAUUCAUAUUCUGCUUGGCGUUGCCUUUCUUCAUCAUUGUAUACUGCUAUGGAAGACUGUUGGUUGCCAUCAAACAGAUCAGCGGUGUUACAAAAGUCUCAGCUCGAACUCGGGAGCAGAGAGUCCUCAUUAUGGUCAUUGUGAUGGUCAUCUGCUUUCUCCUCUGCUGGCUGCCAUACGGAAUAAUGGCCUUGAUUGCUACUUUUGGAAGACCCGGCCUGAUCACCCCUUCUGCCAGCAUUAUACCUUCUGUCCUGGCAAAAAGCAGCACUGUUUACAACCCCAUUAUCUACAUCUUUAUGAACAAGCAG